GUAGUACGACUUGACAUGACUGAAAGUAAAGUUUCACCUCCACUCAUCAUCAAAUUUGAUGAAACUAUAAAUUCUCAGAAAUUACAAGAAAAUCUAGAGGGGAGAUAUCAAUCACGUUAUGUCUACAUCACAGCACUGACAGUUUUAGUUCUUAUGAGUAUGUCUGAUAGUGAAGAUUUCAAAGUUGAUUCUACCAUAAAUUCCAAUAAAAUACCAGGAAAUGUGAAAAGGAAAUAUCGAUUAUGUCGUAUGUACAUAGAGACUUUAACAGCAAAUAUUCUUUUGAUUGCUGCUGGUUUCACUUUGAAUUGGGCCGCGCCCGUACUACCGAUGCUUUUAUCUAACAACACCGAUAUCAAUCCAUUAGGAAGACAGAUUUCCACUUUGGAAGUUUCUUUUUUGGUAGCUACUCCAAAUAUAACCGGUUUUCUGGGAUUUUAUAUCAUGGCAAAAGUUUCCGAUAGAUUUGGCAGGAAAGCAACUAUGAUAUUUUCAGCUAUAAUUCACGCGUUUUCUUUCAAUGUAAUAGCAUUCAUCGGCAACAUUUAUUCGUAUUAUAUUUGUUUGUUGUUAAUAGGUAUUGGAUUUUCUGGAAUAGUUGUAAGCGUUUCCGUAUAUAACGUAGAAAUUUCAGACAAACAUAAUAGAGAUAGAGUAAGCAGUAUAGUUGGAAUUGGAAUACCCAUGGGUGUGUUACUUUCUUUCCUUUUUGGCUCGGUAACGUCUGUCAAAGUAUUCAGUAUAAUUAAUGCAGUACCGGCAUUCCUCUUUCUAAUAUUAGGACCUUUUAUUAUUAUUGAAUCGCCAGUUUAUCAUUGUUUAAGAGGCAGAAGAAACGAAGCUCUAAUAUCUUUAGAACGUCUUAGAAGAUUUGCGUGCCAACGAGAAAUAGAAACAGAAUAUUUAGAGAUAUUAUCGAAUGUAAAAGAAAGAGGAGAAAGGAAAAACUCUGUUAUCGAUUUAUUUAAAACAAAAGCAUCAAAAAGAGCGUUAUUACUUUCAAUAUUUUUAUCUACCGGAAGACAAACAUCUGGUCUUCCUCUUGUAAUGACCUUCAUAGGCAUCAUAUUCAAGGAUACCGGAUCAAGUUUGUCAGGGAAUAGAAUCGGAAUUCUAUUGGGAUUGGAACAAGUUAUAUCCAUAAUACCAAUGAUAUAUUUUAUCAAAAAAUUAGAUAGAAGAUAUUUCGUCCUUGCUUCAUGUUUAGUAGCUUCCUUCUCACUAUUUACUUUGAGUUUAUCCCUAUAUCUUGAGCACAGUGAUUACAAUUUCAAAGAAUACAUCCGAUGGUUACCUCCCGUAUCCGCUUUACUGUUUAUGCUAGGUUAUAAUCUUGGAUAUGGUCCCUUAUCAUUGUCUUUAAGUGGAGAAUUAUUCAAUAAUAAUUUGCGAUCGAUUGGAGUUGGAGUGGGUUUGUUAAUGGAAUGUUUGUGCACGUUUGUAGUGAAAUUCACGUUUCCUUUACUAAUAGAAGCUUUAGGACUACAUUUCAGUUUAGCAAUUUUCACUGUAACAGGUUUGGUGAAUUUUACAGUGUUUUACCGAUUUCUACCAGAAACUAGGGAAAAAUCGCUUAGAGAGAUACAAAAAUUAUUAGAAAAUUGAAAACUAUUCGGCAUACUUGUAUAUAUAAAAGAUAUGAUUGUUGUAUAGCUGAUGAUGAUGUUUAUACUAAAUACAAUGAUUUCAAAAUUUA